CUAGGCAUGCAGACUGCUUCUACAAACAUUUGUGAAAUAAUGGAUCGUUCUCAGGAGUUCAGUGAAUUCAAGCAUAGUGCCGUGUUAGGUUGCCACCUCUGCAAUAAGUCCAUCUGUGAAAUUUCCUUGCUACUAAAAUAUUCCACAGUCAACUGUUAGUGGUAUUACAACAAAGUGGAAACAACAGCAACUCAGCCACGAAGUGGUAGGCCACUGGACUCUAGAGCAGUGGAGACGUGUUCUCUGGACUGACGAAUCACGCUUCUCUGUCUGACAAUCCAAUGGAUGAGUCUGGGUUGAGCAGUUUCCAAGAGAAUAGUACUUGCCUGACAGCAUUGUGAAAAGUCAAA